AUGAGAUACAUUAGGACAGGCAGCUUGAAGAGGCUGUUUUCCCUAAAACGACACAGUUUUGAUGAAGAUCUGCCUAAAGAUAUUGAGUACAGUAGCAGCAGUGAAGAGAUUAUUAAGCAGCCAAAUGGGCAGCAGUUUCAGAAGCCCACCUGGAAAUGCUUCUCCUUUGAAGAAAUAUUUUCUGCCACCAAUGGCUUCUCCUCAGACAACAUGGUUGGGAAAGGGGGUUAUGCAGAGGUUUACAGAGGGGUUCUUGAAGAUGGGCAAGCAAUUGCUGUGAAAAGGCUGACAAAAACAACAAAUGAUGAGAGGAAGGAGAAGGAGUUUCUGACAGAAAUUGGGACACUUGGGCAUGUUUCACAUCCAAAUGUUACUUCACUUCUUGGGUGUUGUAUUGAUAAUGGGCUCUAUCUAAUUUUCCAGUUCUCAUCAAGGGGCUCUGUUGCUUCACUUCUCCAUGAUGAGAAAAUGGCUCCUAUGGACUGGAAAACAAGGUUCAAAAUUGCAGUUGGGGCUGCCAAGGGCCUACAUUAUUUGCACAAAACUUGUCCAAGAAGAAUAAUUCAUAGGGACAUUAAGGCUUCCAACAUUUUAUUAGCUGCAGAUUUUGAACCACAGAUAUCUGACUUUGGUUUGGCAAAAUGGCUUCCUUCACAGUGGAGCCAUCAUUCCAUAGCUCCUAUAGAAGGAACAUUUGGGCACCUGGCGCCGGAGUACUUUAUGCACGGGGUCGUCGAUGAGAAAACGGACGUGUUUGCGUUCGGAGUAUUUUUACUCGAGAUCCUUUCUGGAAAGAAACCUGUGGAUGGUUCUCAUCAGAGCUUGCAUAGUUGGGUAAAUGUUCGAAAAUCCUUAAGUAUGGCUUGUUUUCGAAUUUGUAGUGUAUAUAAAGUUUUGGAGGUAAUCAAAGGGGAAGAGGAAAUAGACAGAGGAAAAUGGAAGAUGCCCGAAGAAGAAGAAGAAGACGACGAAGAUAAUUUUUGGGGCUUUGAGGAUCUUGAUGAAUAUGGUGAUACUUGUUCUUUCUCAAAUUCUCCAAAUGGCUCAAUUUCAACUGGGACUUGUUCUUAUAACCCUCAGAGCAUGAUCAACUCAACCCUGGUAGUAAAUUGA